UCUCUCUCUUUCUUUUUCUCUGUAGCUGCUGAGCUGAAAACUGAGCAGACGCUGGUUCUUGGAGAUACUCGUGGAAAAAAACAGGAAAAUAUCCUCUGCUGCUGGAUGUUAACAUGCACCGCUGCGUGUUUUCAUAAAACACACUCUAACUGGCACACACACACUCACACACACACUCACAGAUGCUGUGGGCUUCUGCAGCCAUGCCAGGAAUACCUGCUGGAUAUGUGCUGCUGCAUGGGACGUGAUGGAUGCUGCUUCCACUGAUGGAAACUGACACUGGUGACAGCGACGGAGGAUAAUAAUGAUGGAAGGUGGAGUGAUUCGUCCCCAGCCGGAGCCGCAGCAUUCCUCAACCGCCCCUCUGCCACGCACCGCUGCUCCCUGAAGGAUACAGCCGACCUUGACAUAUCGCCGGAGUGUGUGUGACACCUGGCACACGCCGAACUCAAAAGGCUGCAGUCUGCGCCAAGAGCCGGGAGACAACAGGGCCAACGCUUCAGGGACCAGGAGUCAGCAGAAACCCACUUUGUCUUACCGCAGUAACAAAUGAGCUUUUAUUUGUGAAGCUAACAGCGCUAACAGCUGACUCCGCGAGGGCCAAUUACAGGAUAAAGGGAAUACAGGGCCAAGAUGAAGGAGACAGCAGUUUUGGCUUGUUUGCUGGCUGAGCUGUCUCUGGCUGCUUUUGUUCUAGCCUCUGAGGGGCCCGCUCACUGCCCGGCGCUGUGUCGGUGUGAGAUACGACCCUGGUUCUCGCCCAGCUCUGCUUACACCGAGGCUGCCACCGUGGACUGUAAUGACCUGGGCCUCUCGGCGCUACCAGAGAGGCUCCCGUCAGACACUCAGGUGCUGCUGCUGCAGACAAACAACAUCAUUAGUGUGGAGAAAACUUUGGAUUACUUGGACAACAUCACGGAGAUUGACUUGUCUCAGAAUAACAUCUCUGCGGUGGGCGAUGUUUGUCUCGGGUCGCUCCCUCAGCUGCUGUCGCUCCACAUGGAGGAGAACUGGAUCCAGGAGCUUUCAGACAGCUGCCUCUCCUUUCUGCCCAACCUCCAGGAGUUCUACAUCAACCACAACCAAAUCAACUCCAUCAGUCCUGGAGCUUUCCAGGGUCUGAGCAGGCUUACUAGGCUGCAUCUAAAUUCUAAUCGACUGGAGAGCAUCAACAGCGAGUGGUUCCAGCAUCUCCCGAACCUGGAGGUUUUAAUGCUGGGAGAAAACCCCAUCCUGGAGCUGUCGGACAUGAACUUCAAACCUCUGGAGAAGCUGCGAAGUCUCGUUCUCGCAAAGAUGAACCUGACAGAGAUUCCCGACAAUGCUCUGGUUGGUCUCGAGAAUCUGGAGAGCAUCUCAUUCUUUGACAACUUGCUGAAUCGAGUCCCCAGAGCAGCGCUGACAAGAGUGCAGAACCUGAAGUUUCUGGAUUUAAAUAAGAACCCGAUUGAGAGGAUCCAGAGAAGCGACUUCAUGGAUAUGAUGCAUCUAAAGGAGCUCGGCAUCAACAGCAUGCCUGAGCUCAUCUCCAUCGAUGGCUUUGCCUUGAACAACCUACCGGAGCUGACAAAGAUUGAGGCCACCAACAACCCCAGGCUGUCCUACAUCCACCCGCGGGCCUUCCACAAGCUGCCCCGGCUGGAGACUCUGAUGCUGAACAGCAACGCUCUGAGCGCGCUCCAUCGCAGCACCGUGGAGUCUCUGCCCAACCUGCGAGAGGUCAGUCUGCACAGCAACCCCAUCCGCUGCGACUGUGUGAUCCGCUGGGUCAACAUGAACAGGACCGCCGUCCGCUUCAUGGAGCCCGACUCGCUGUUCUGCGCGGACCCUCCGGAGUAUCAAGGCCAGCAUCUCCGACAGGUGCACUUUAGGGAGAUGAUGGAGAUCUGCCUUCCUCUGAUCUCGCCUGGGAGCCUCCCCGAUCAGGUCGGAGUUGUUAAAGGGAGCUCUGUUUCCAUGCACUGUCGGGCGUUUGGAGAACCAGAGCCUGAGAUCUACUGGGUGACGCCAUCAGGGGACCGGGUCUUACCUGGGAGUGUUUCUGAUAAGUACUACAUGCACCCAGAAGGAACGUUUGAUAUCUAUGACGCCACCGAGCAGGAAUCUGGAUCGUACACGUGCAUUGCUCAUAAUCUUGUUGGUGCAGAUCUGCGGUCUGUGAUGGUUACAGUAGACGGAUACACUUCCCAGCCUUCAGAUCAGCCUUUACAUGUUUACAUCACAUCCAUCCAGUCUCACUCUGUCAUGGUUUCCUGGGAGAGUACCGGCGGUUUGGUGUCGCAGCUGAAAUGGUCCGCUUUAGCUGACAGAAGUCCCCUUUUGAUGCCAUUCAAAGCCAGGCUUCCUGCUGAUGUCAAAGAGUACCGCAUCAGACAGCUGAAGCCGUCGACGAGGUACCAGGUUUGUGUCGAGAUCACUGCAGGACGGCCCGGAUACAGCCAGGACUGUGUCAACGUCACCACAAAGGACAUGUUGGCCCCGAGGGAGAAAAUCCAGAGCUGGGACGGUUUGGUGACGGCGUCUUGUGCUGUGUUUUUUAUUUUUGUCGCCGUGUCCUGCUCUGUCAUCUACACGUCUCUGUACAGCCAGGUGUUUUACAGGAAACUGAUAGCAGACCCCACCGAAACGCUGCUGAUCCCAAACACUCGACCGUCCUCUUCCUCUCUACUGGAAUUCAGUGCGUCUGGGGUCAAGGUGAGGGCGACUGUAAUAGACUUAAAGGCAGACUCCAUGUGAGGAAUGUCUUUGUCUGUAAAAACGCUUUGGGAUUACGUGAUGAGAAGACUGACGGACGCUGGGGGAUGUCAUUCACGUGCCCUCUUUUCAUGACUUUUCCCGGGGACAUUUUGCACUGGGAUGGCAUCAGAGAAGAACUCAUAUACAUUUACAUAAGCAGCUAAAGCAGAGACUGUUUUGUAUUCCAGACUUGUGUCAUUAUAACAAGCUUAACCAGGCAGAUAUCGUGACUAUAAUCUACGUGGCUAAAGGUCAUUCAUGCAGUGCAGCCAGAGUAAAGCACAGCACACGAACUCUCUGUCUUUAAUACGGUGUUGAGACGGCUUCGGUGUCUGCAAAAGCAUUUUCUUUGCUGUGUUACAUGAAACGCUGCCAAGCGGAGAUAGUUUAUAACAGCAGAAGACAACUUGUUAGUCUAGUGUAAAAUAAAACCCACUAUAAUGUACACAAUUUUAUGAAGA